GUGGGGUGCGGACGUCUAUUGGAACAUUGUGUUAAAAUUGUAACCGCGCGUUCGUUAGUGCAUUAUUUGUGAUUAAACAAUUUUUGUCGUGAUAACAAAAAAGUUUUCUUAACAUAAAGUGCUAUGAAAGGAUACUAAAAGUAGGAGAUAUUUGUAGGUGGCGGAAUUAGUAUCAAUGGCCUGAAAAGAUGUUUAGAACGGCGUCAGUCGAGGGCUCCGGGCCCAGGACGCCGCCGGCCUACGCGCCGCACCCCCCGCAUCCACCGCACCCCCCGUACCCACCGCGUUUCUACCCGCCCCGGGUCCGGCCGCCGCCGCCGCAGUAUUGCUUCGAUGCAGCGCGCUUCGCCUGCGAUGCUUCCAAGCCUAGAUACUUGGACGUCGAAAGGGAACGCCUGGUAACCAGAUGGCUAGCAGAAGCGAACGAGGCGUUAGUCCGGCGAGACCGACCGCCGAGAUACAAGCCUAGAAGUAGCGAGAGAAGACCUGACUAUUUGGAGAGAAGACCGAACGCGGAAUGGUCGGACAACUUUCUCCUUGGUCGUCGGAACGGGUCUAUAGAGUUGGAGGAUGAGAGUAGUGAUGUGAUGACGUUGAAAGAGUUUGUGGAUAAGUUUUCGUUGCCUCGUGUUGUGAAGAUUGAAGGGGAAGAUCGGCCGGUGCUGCUGUAUCGUGUGCUGGAGGCGCACAGGCGUGUGGAGGCGGUGCCUCUCGCGGGGAAGAAGGGCAAACUGGUCGGGAAGCCGCUGUACAUUCCGGACUCCUAUGAUGGUUGGUUCUCGGCGUGUGGCUGCCGUGGCGGAGCGCUAGCGGCGGCGCGGGGCUCCGUGGCGGCCCUGCUACGCUCCCAGGCCUUCGCCCUCGUAUCCCCGCGCGCCAUCUCCGCGUAUAGAGCAAGGCCUAGUUCAGAGAGCGGGCGGGUGGGAGCGCAGUACGAGCGGGCAGCUACGCGACCUGGCACACCGCUGCGGCUAGCGGGCGUCUUCGCCGACGGCAGCAAAGCCAAAGCGCCCAAAUACGCGCAGCUCAUCGAUCCUCAGGGAAAUGAGCUGUUCGUGCCUAUCAAUACAAAGGGCGAGCUGUAUGAGGUAUGUCCCGAGGAGCUGUCGCCGGCGGAGUGGGAGGCGGUUCCGGGGAGUGCUGGGGGUGCGCCGCCAGGUGCCGCCGCGCGCGCUCACCGCCUGCCUCACCUGCUCAGCCUGUGGCCGCUGCCAGCGCGCGUGCGCCUGCUCGCCGGCACUGUUCCCAUCGAGAUGGCGCAUGAUGUUGGAGAAGACCUUCUCCUGCGAGCCGCAAUAACAGAGCCCGUGCUGGUGAUGUGCUCGCUGCCGGAGGGCGGUCCUGCCAGCCCCAGCCGGCCAGCGGAGGUACGACACCAACCGCGCGAGGCCCUCCAGCUGCUGCCGCUGCACGGCAACCUUCGGGUGCGUCGCACACAGCUCGGCUUCGACACUGAAAAAAGAAUGUUCCUCUCCGCGCGUCUCCAGAAAGCUCUCACCUUCUGUCAACUCAACGUUGACAACUGGAUCAGGCAGAUCUCCUACGCCAACUCGACCCUCAGCAGCAAAGCGAAGACCGCCGAGGACCUUAUUAAAGACCACGAACCGGUCAAAUUUGAGAAAGAAAAGAAAUUCACCUUGCAAGGACUGAAAAUAGACCCGUCGCGAUUGUUUGGCAAGAGUGAGAAAGUUCUAAAAGAUAUUCCCGACGAAACAGAAGGUUCUAUUAUAUUUUUAAGCAAAAACGAACUCGAACACAUGAACUACGACGUGUACAGCGAAGACGAGGGCAAGGAUGAGAAAAGCGAUGAGAAAGGUGACCAGGAACAGUUCACUAAUGAUAAAAUGCAUGUUUUCCGAGAAGAUUCCGCUCAAAAAAAGACCAAAUGGUUCAAGAAUUUGAAACUACUUAAGAGCACAGAAAAAUUAGACGAUAAAAUAACUGCAAUAGAAAAUAACGAGAAACAAAGAGAUGUAAAAGAUCCAUUUGAUCCUCUAGGUGAAAAACACAGCUCUAUCGAAAGAUAUCAGGAUAUGGCUAAAUUGAUAGAAGAUCGCUUCGGUGCUUCUAGAAAAAGCGAUGGUACGGCUGAGAAGAGUCAUUCUUAUAAAAGUCUUACGACUUCUUCAUCAGAGAUGGGCACCAGCCAGUGCAGUUCUAAUCAUAAGAAACCUAUUUUAACUAAAUCCGUUUCAGUGCAGACUGGAAUGCCUGAUAGUCCAUCAACGGAGGAAGACAGUGGAAUAAAUAUGAAGCAUGGUAGGAAAAAUCUAAGCGUCGAUCAAAUUAAUUACUGCGGCUCGAUGGAGAGUAACUCAAGUUCAGGACGUAAACUGAAAUCUUUGGACGAAAACAUGCUUAAGAAAUCAUCCGCCACAAAAUCAUCUACCAACCUCGAGAGACGGCAAAGAAUACAACCUGAUUUAAUCCCAGAAAAGGCGAUCGCAAAAUCAGAAUCCUACAAUCAAAUUCAGAGCUGCGAAGACAUUAACAUGUUCGGAGCUGGUUCUAUGUACAAUGAUAGCGACUUCGAAAUUAAUUAUAAACAGCACUCAUUUAUCACCGAAAAGUUGUGUUCCGAGUUUCAUGUGAAAACUAAAAGAGUUCUGAGCAAGUCCACCUCUAAUUUGCUCCAUCCUAAAAAACCUAAUGAAAAGAAAGAGGGUAGUAACAGCAACAGUAUGCCUACAAAAACUGAAAGAUCGAACGACGGUGAAAAGCUUGUCAAUUUCAGAAAAAAGAUAGACAAGCCAAGAGCACCGACACCAAAGCCGGAGACAGAAGAAGACAUAGCCCUCGACAUAUCAGAAGAACCACAGAGACAAGUUAAAAUAAGAAGAUCUAUAUCAUCAAUACAGAAAAGGAAACUGCCAGUGAUAGAAGACUUACCUUACGGUCAAGUAGCAGACGCUGUUGAUGAUGAAGAAGAGAAAAUCGAAUCUGAUUCAAGUUCUGAUAAUAUUUACGCAGAGAUAUGUACCCCAAAUGCAAAUAAACCUACAGAAGAAGAGACGUAUGAUAAUAGUAUUGACGUAUUAGCCACAGACCCUGUUAUUUGCAACGUUAAGAAAGAAGUUAAUAAUCGGAAUGAUGAAAGAGCGAGACAGUUGAUAGAAAAUCAAGAGAAUCCUUUUAGGCAUAUCGAAGUAGUUGUUAUUGAGAAGACGACAGAUUUCGAAUUGGAUAAUUCGAGUCUCGCGUCCAGUGAAUUUGACGAUGGUGGAAGCAAAAAUGACGUAUCCAUAACUGUCGAUUCGUGGGAACGAGAGAAACCCUCGAGCCAUUCUGAUCCAAAAAAUCAUGCCAUAAGAUUAGAAAUAACAAGCAACAUGGAGGAUUAUCCAAUCGAAAAUCAGAAACAUAGUUUAGAAAUAAACGAGGUCCGUCUAGUUAAAGAUAAUUCGUUAAGUUUUAGCAACAGUAUCCAUUUGAAUGGUACAUAUCCCAACGAGGCCAUUUACGAUACAUUAAAAUAAAUUAGCUGUAAUAUAAAUAUAUUUAGAAUAAACUUAGUGUCACAAAUCAAAUAUAAUAGUCA